GGUAAAGCAGUUUUUUUUUAAUGGGAGAGUGGGAGGUGUAAGGGAAACAACUUCGGUGAAUAAUAGGAACAACAAUAAACAGAUUCAAGAUUUUCAACUAAAAAAGACACAUUCACUGGGAAGUGGCCUAUGAUGAACUCACUUAAGCAAGACUUCAUUGAAGAACUACGAUUCAACAUAAAGAAGGAAGUGGUAGAGCAUUUAUGGUCAUCAGAAUCAGCGGAAUAUCUCCCACGAGAAGUCUAUAAUGAACUAUCUGUUGAGAAAGGUCUGAUUAGUGCAAGUAGCUUUAAGCAAGAAAAAGAAGUGGAUAAAUUUCAAGGUAAUUCAACUAGGGUCAAGAGUACUAGUGAACAAAAUAAAACCAAUGGGAAAGAACAUGACGAUUAUGAUGAUGACAUCGAUGGAAUGAUUCAGGUUGUCUUCCAGAUAGCAAAUUCUGAUAAAUACUCAAAACCAACAAACUAUCUGUCUUUUCAAACAGAAAAGCAAUUUCUUCUUUCUCCUGAAGAUUUGAAAACCUAUUCAGAUAACAGGUUCAGAGCACAUAAGAAAAAGCAUUCCAAAGCAAAUAAAUUGAAAAAACACCAGACUUUGAAGGUCGAUAUUAAAAAAAAACGUUUUAAAUGUAAUCUAUGUAAGAAAAAAUUUGCAAAGAAGUCAAACUUACAUGACCACCAGGUUAUUCAUACUGGUAUAAAACCAUUUGGUUGUCAAAUAUGUUUUAAGCAUUUCACGAGGGCAUCAAGCCUGAAGGCUCACCAAGCAUUGCAUUUGGUUGAAAAACCAUUUAAAUGCAAAGUCUGCUUUGAAGAAUUUCCCGAGGCUUCAUAUUUGAAGACUCAUCAGGCUAUUCAUUUGGCAGAGAAGUCAUUCAAGUGUCAUCUAUGUUUGAAAUGCUUCCCAGAGGAUGAUUUGUUAAAGAAUCAUCUUAAUCAUCAUUCCAGUGUGGCGUACAAAUGUGAACUUUGUAAUAGAAAUUACAUUUACAAGUCUAGUCUGAGAGAUCAUCUUGAUGUCCAUGUCAAGGAUAAACAAAUAGCUUGCAAGUUUUGCCCCAAGAAGUUUGCCACUUUCAGAGUUUAUAAGAAACAUUUAGUUUCUCAUGUCGGUGAGAGGAAAUAUACAUGUGAUGUGUGUGGCAAAAAAUUUAGAUCCAAUUCCAAAUUAAAGGCUCACCAAGAUGCUCGUCAUACUGAUAAAAAGAAAAGACAAAACUUCUUGAACCCUGAAAAAAAGCCAGACAUUGACCAGGAGCACUUAACCCAAAGUUCUGUCUGAAAUUUCCAUAAUGGCAUCGAACAUUACUGCAAUUGGGUUGUCAUUUAUGUAAUGCAGAUUUCCUCUCCUGACCUGCAGUAAGUGCCACAACUGUGACCACCUUGAACUGUGAAAAGACAACUACCCCAGCUAAUGGGACACUGAUGGCAGCCCCGUAUGGAACAUGUCAGAGCUUUUGAACUGGGUUAAUGGUCCUCUCUUUCAUUCACACCUUGGAACUCCACCAAGGCAACCCAACGUUUGCAUAUCUGAUUCGCUAACAAACGUUUACACCCAGGUGCCAUGUUGAGCUGUCAGGAAUCCUUGGAUGUCAAACUUUUGAAUAUGUUGAUACUGAUAAAACAGUGUGUGACAUGACACUGAUGCCAAAGAAAAAGACAGGAUGAGAAAUAACUCCUGAUACUAGCAUCUUUGCUUGCAAAUGGCUUAGGACAGGGGUGCCACUUUUCCGGAAUAACCCGGAAAUCCGGGUUUUGAUGGGUCCGAUUUUCCCCCCCUCCGGGUUUGCCUUCUACAAUUUUGUAAAAAUCCAGGGUUUUAGUUGAUUUAGAUUUUUUCGAAAUUUCUGGUCAUUUUCCCCCGUUAAUUUUAGUUUGUUAGUUCCGAUCGCGCGAGCCGCCAUUUUUAAACAAAAUCGACCAGUCUCAUAUCUCGCUAUUCGCGAGACUUUCACUUUGCAUGCGCACUAAGCUUUAUUUACCGGUACAGUAUUUUUUUUUUUAAGUGACAAAAAAGUGUAAACAUUCUAGAUCUAUAGAGAAUUUCUAGAUCUACGGAACGCGCCUCGAAUCGGCUCGAUUUAGAGUCUAGAUCUAUUUCUAUGAUCAAUCUAGAUCUGAUCUAGACUGUAAAGUCUUGUAUUUAGUAUAGAUAUAGUCUAGAAUAGUCUAGAUCUACUCGCGUACCUAGCGGCUAGUCCUAGAUCUAGAAAAAGGAAGAAAAAAAAAUUCACGAGUGAGAAAAUUUUUUUUUUCCAGUGUUUUAUAUUUUAAAAUUUGUAUAGGUUCCAUAUAGACAUAGAGCCUUAGCCUAUGUCUAGAGUAUUAUAGAAGUAGGAUCUAGAUUUAGGAUAUUUAUAUCGUUUUUAGAUCAGAACUAGAAUCAAUGAUUGAAGAAUUAAAUUAGUAAGUUUGCAUUCGCCUGGAAAAAAUAGAUCGAUUGGUCAAUAGAUUUAUAGUUUUUUUUUUAUACAAAUAAAUUAUAAUUAUGUAUAGGCAGUCCAGCACAUUCUAGCCAUCUAGGUCUACAUUUAAAUAUUAGAAACUAAAUCUUAAUGUUCAUUUUGGAGUAGAUCUGUACUAAAUCUCAAAAUCAAUUUUAUCUUGUUGCAAUAGAUUUGCAGGUCCAUGCGUGUACAUUGAUGGAAUCAGUUUUAUCAAUGUCGAUUAAAGUAGGCUGCUUCAAAUGAAUAAUGAGGGAAAAAAUGUUAAGAGAGAAACAUCAUUUAAAAUAACUGUGUUGGGGGGG